AUGUCUGCGACACGAGAUGGUUCACGCUCGCACUCUGACGGCGGUUUCGAUGGCCGCUCGCUGUUGUCAGAGCAGACGAAGCUGCUGCGGGAGUCGACCCCGGCAGACAUCAACUUCAUUCAGUUCCUUAAGCUGCGACUGAGCGCGCAGCAGCGAGCGACUGCGCAGCGCAACUACUGGCAGCGAGUGCAGCGGGAGGCAGCGGACAGUAUGAACGCAAACACGGCGCAUCGUCAGGGGCGAGGCGGCAUCUCUGCCUCCGUAGCACCGGUAUCGACAUCCGCUGCCGGCAGGGAGUCAGAGGCUUCUUCAAACCACAUCGGCAGCGGCAGACGCAACUGGCACGCUGCCGGCAGCGCGGAGGGCGCAUCUUUCAGCACCUACGAUGCGGAGCACAUGAUGCUAGAGCACUCGACCGCAUCGUUCGGCACCUUGUCAAAGCAGGAUGCGUUCACGCGGGCGACAUCUCAUGGCGCUGUGCCGCCCCCGACUGUGCAUCAGCACUCCUUUGAGGACUUGCGAGCUGCAGUGUUGAAGCGCCGCAGCACGCCUGCGUCGGAGUUGACGGACUUCGUCGCUGUGUCCACGGCUGAGCUGAGCGAAGACGGGAACAGCAGCCAAAGGCGCCCAUCUGGCCCGCUGCAGGAGGAAGACGCGUACGCGCUGGCACCGUUUAUCGCGAGUAGCUACAGCGCGGCUGCUGCGGCCGCCAUCGAUGAGCGCCCAGCGAUGGCCUGCGGCAAGCCGCAGGUCCCCGUCGACGUGGACGAGAUGAAGGACGUGGCGCUGGAGCCGUGCCCGCACUGUGGCCGCACGUUUGCUCCGGCUCGACUAGAGCGGCACGUGGUCACAUGCGAGCGGCACAGAAACACAUUGCCCAAAACAAAGGGCGACAUGAAGAGCUGCAGGGCGUUCAGCAGUCGCAAGAAGCCGGACCGAACCGCAGGCGGUGAUGGUGCCGCUGCUUCUGCGGCUGCCACGGCAAACACUGCCGGUGCUGCACCGGGCGGGCCGCUGCGCUGGUCGACCGACACAGCCAUCAAGCCGGAGAAGUGGCGGAAACAAAGCGCGCAGUUGCGCAACGCCAUGGCUGGUGCAUCCGUCGCAGUGGACGAUGAUCGGGUGCUGUGCCCAUCAUGCGGGCGGCACUUCUCCGAUGACGUCGCGGCGCGGCACAUUCCGAUUUGCAAGUCGAAGGGGGGUCGUGCGGCGUAG